CAGGAUGCCCCACCGGAAGCCGGUACCACCCUUGAGGUCUCUGUGCCUGUCGUACUUCCGGGACUUUGGAAGGCUGGAGACCGCCAGCCAGCAGCAGGGAACAACAGUCAACAGGCUAGUUAGGAGACUGCGCGUAAAAGUGAGUGGAGACGUACUGAUGGCACAAAGGCUCAUGGGAGCAGUCCUGAGGUCCACCAGCAAACUGGUACAACUUAAUGUGUCAGACAGCCCUUUUAAUGAUGACCUCAUGGAAGCUCUGGCUGUAAGCUGCCCGGCACUACAAGACCUGAACGUCAGCAAGUGCAAACAAGUGACUGACGUGGGACUCAUCACCCUGUACUGUACUGGUGACGAGUUAAACUCUGGCUGUAGGAACAUCACAAAUCUCAACGUGUCCUCCACAAGUAUGACAUCAGACGGCGUCCUUUUCGCGUUACAAGGUUGGCCUAACUUACUCAAACUUGAUGCAGACAUGUUAGAUUUUCCUCCCGAAGGAACUGACGUGCCUUCGGGAACGUACAAACUUCAGACGAUAAACUUUCCGCUACGUUACGAGUCGCUCGAGCAAAUUCAUCGCCUCUUCCCCAAACUGAAGAGUGUUGAUCUUAGCAAUUACGGUGUUCAGUAUGAAGCAGUGCCUCCUGUUGGAGCACUGGGUGAACUGCAGUUCUUGGAAGAACUGAGCAUAGAUGCAGAAAACUUUCCACCACAUGGCAUUGACAUAUUCAAAUCGCUCGGUGGGCGAAUCAAGGCACUCGAACUCUACGGCUACCAUCACGUGGAUCUUGCCGAAAUCGCUUUUGUGUUUCCUAAUUUGGUCAGGCUUGUUCUUUUCGGCUGCCACUUCGAAAACACCGGACGGAUAUACCCGGCUGAAGCUGGACUGCCGAGGCUUCGCGCCUUCAUGUUGUUCCGCUUGGGUCCGUACCAGAGUGUUGAAGAGAGCUUUCCAGCCAAUGACAUUUGCAGCCUUCUGGCAACGUGCAAGGAAAUUGAGUUCCUUGAGCUGACGAGUAUUCAAGUUUGGACACCCGAAGUGAUUGACACAUUGGCGAACUCUCUGCUGAUCAAGUUGUUAAACAGAGAUGUCUUCCAACAUUUGCGUGAACUGCAGCUAUGGUACUGCCAUCGGCUGACCACACGAGGAAUCCUGCCCGUUGUGAGGAGCAACGGUAGCCUGAGGAAACUUGGCCUGCAUCACUGCGAUGGUCUGUCACAAGACGACUUGCAAGACAUUGAAGAAAUCAUCAACAGAAACAACCUGGACCUAACACUUAGGUACUAAGCUUGGUGGCAAAAUUAGGAACUGGUGUGUUUCAGGCUACACACUUUGACAGUCUGUCGCAAGACGACCUGCAAGACAUUGAACAAAUCAUCAACAGAAACAACCUGGAUCUCACACUUAGGUACUGAGCUUGGCAAAAUUACGAACUGGACUACACACAAGAAAACAGUUACUCAAGCAACUAGAUGAAUUUUGAAAACUGUUUAAACAUUUCAAGUACUAGUAGCAUCCAAGUAGUGCUGUAUAUACACUUAGGUGCUGAGCUUGAUGGUUUUUUUUUCUAAAGUCCACUAUGUGCUGAGUUUGGUGGAUGUUUUUUUAUUAGUCAGAGAAACAUCAAUGCAUAAAAAAUGAGCAAAAACAAAGUGACGGUUGACAAAAGCAAGUUGUAUUUCGAUAUUCAAUCUAUUAUAAAAUCGACAUGGCAGAAGUACAUGGACAUCUGAAUUGUGUUGAGUUUACAAAAUCAAUAUACAAAUAUUCAGACAUGUUUUUCACAUAGCUACUGUAAGGUUUAUACAUCAAUGUUUCAAUACAUUACAUACUGUACACAAAAACAUGCUGAAAGUAUGCAACUCAUAUUCUUUCUGCACACUUGUUCAAAUGUGGUAAAUAAACUUAAGAUACCAAACAGGACACUCAAACUUACC